GUUUUUCGAUUUAGUGAAAAUCUGCGUGAGCUAUUAGGAAAAUUUUAGUCAAUGGUGUAAUUAGGUGUGUAAUUAGGCUAAACGAAAUUUUGCGCUGGUGUUUAAGUAGAGAAAUUUGCUGGAAGAAAGCAGGAUGAGCCGAAGUCGUCGUUCGUCGUUCGGGCAUAGCCACUAUCAGCAACAAUUCACUGUCACCUCGACUAUCAAUUACGGUGAUGGGCUAUGCGAUAACGGGGCUAGUGUUCCGCAGAACGGGGCCCCGUCGCCGUCACGGUUCAGCGAGUCGUCCUACUCGAACCUGGGGACGCGAUUGACGGCCUUUGUGUCCCCACCCAGCGGUGGCGAAUGCUAUCGAAAUGAGGAAAAUCUACGACCGUGCUGUGUUGCAGCAACUCCUACCGCCCCAUCGUCGUCGUCGUCGGUAGCGCCACCACCGUCAAGCGAUCGAUAUUCCUCCACUAGCUCAGCUCCCACGUCUAUUAUCGGCUAUCCUGAUAACAGAAAUGCACCUCAUCACCGAUCGAUGUCGCCCAGCUCCCGGACCCGCUACCCGGUUCCCGAAAGGUUUCGUGACCCUCCGCCAGCACCGAAAACCGAUCAGUACGGAAACUAUCUGAUCAACAAUCCUCCCCGUUGA